GCCAUUCCCAAUAGAAACAAUGUCGCCAAAGGGCCCCUCCUCUCCCCAACCCCUCCCCCGUAGGAACCGUACAUAGGAUAUCGCUCACAAUGUCCCAUCUAUUCUCAAAACUCUCCACGCUACGUCCACCUCCAGCCUCCAGCCCGUUAAUAAUCGGGUUGACUACUACCACCGCCGCGGCUAUCGUGGCCUUCUUCGCGCUCCGCCCGCCGGCCAUUCCACUGCCCAGCGUGAUCCCCUCUCCCAGGGAACUACUGGGCGACUUGACGGAUAAGGAGAAGGAUUAUCUACCGUAUCCGCCGGAUGUUCUGCUGGAUGGACGAUGGGUUGAUACCCCGUAUGGGGUGAUCCGUGUGUACGAGUUUGGGCCGACGAAGGGCAAAAAAGUUGUUUUCGUGCAUGGGAUUUCGACGCCGUGCCCUGUUGCUAGGGACCUGUUGUGGGACUUGGUUGGGAGAGGAUGUCGUGUUCUCACCCUCGAUUUAUACGGUCGAGGGUACAGUGAUACCCCCCUAACCCCACACGACCACCGCCUGUUCUCCUCACAAAUCAUCUUUGCCCUCUCCUCCUCCGCCCUCCACUGGACCAGCUUUACCUUGAUUGGCUAUUCCCUUGGCGGGGGGAUAAGCGUCUCGUUUACGAGCCACUUUUCCCACAUGAUUGAUGAAUUGAUCCUCCUAGCUCCGUGCGGAAUUCUGAAAAAGUCCCAUCUAAGCCCCCUCUUGCGAAUGGUACACUCAGGGUGGAUCCCAAACGUGUUAGCAACACUUCUGGUGCGCCGCCGGCUCAACGCAAAGCAUGCGCAGAGUCACUCCCGCCGCGUUGCGAGCGAUCCGAUGGAUAGGGCUGUAGUCCUGGACGUUCCGAGUAUAUUGGAGUGGCAGAGUCGCGAGCAUCGGGGAUUCUUGUACUCAUACUUUAGCUCGUCCAAAUACGGACCCAUAUACGAUAGGCAGGAGGAGUGGGCAGUUGCCGGGGAAUAUCUGCGUGAAACCGGGAAGAGGAUUUUAAUUUUGCUUGCUAAGAAUGAUACGGAUAUUGAUCCUGGAUUGCUACCCGAGAUGCUAGAGCUGUUACGCGGUGGAGAGGGCGGGGGGAAGGAACCGGAGAGGGUUGUAGGCAUUGUGACGGAUGGGGCGCACGAUUUCGUUAGAAUGAAGGGGAGAAUGUUAGCCGGACAUAUAGAAGAGUUUUGGAAGGACUCAAAGAGCAUGGAUUGGGUUUAUUAG